UAAACAGAUACGGUACAGUAAUGCUUAUUUUUACAUACUAAGAAAUAUGUAUGUACAUGAAUAAAUAAUGCAAAACAACGCAUGCAACGCAUGUUAAAGAGAUUAAAUAAACAAUGAUUAUUGGACCUCAUUGCAAAUUGUGGUAAAAGUAGAGGAAACGUCAGAUGUAUAUGCUGUAGCAUGAAAAAUUAUAAGCGUAUACUGAUACGGCGAUUGAUUUUCUACAAAAAUCUAAAAUAAGAUGCUAUUUCGAUCUUUGUUGAUGAAAUUGAAAAUUAACGAAGUCAUUAUUUUGAUACAUAUUACUUUUGUUUCAAAACACACUUCGUAAGGUCAAUUACAACAGUGUUAUUCCAGAUAUGAACAUCAACGUCAUACCAAGUGAGCUGCUUCUUCAUAUAUUAUCGUACGUACCUCAGAGUGAUCUAUUCACAAACAUUGACCAAGUAUGUAACCUAUGGAAACAGCUUGCAUUUACAUCGUGUCUCUGGAAACAUGUUGAUUACACGGAGAUCUAUGUAGAUUAUUCCCAAGCGUUUGAGCAUGUGCGCAGAAUACAAAAUUUUGUGAAAAGCUUAACCAUUACACCUGGUCAUAUCAUCGACUUUUUCGGCUUUCAGAGGAAACUGCAGUUCGUAAAUCUUAAGUCCCUCGAUGUUUCCGACAAGCUUGUAGUAUCUGAAGUUUUCUUUGAUAAAAUAAUUCAACGAUGCCCAAAUCUAGAAAAAAUUAAAUUCAUAUCCGACAGUCGAUUUAAUAUGGAGCAUUGUUUAGAAAAAUUAAAAGGACUUAAUCUUACUGAGCUAGAUAUAGGAUAUUUCUACGGAACACGCACUCUAGAUGAUAAGUUAAUUUCACUUCUACGAAAACAACCGGAAUUAACGAAACUAGCUCUUCGUGGAUGGAAUACAUUAAAAGAUAGUUCUGUUGUCUCAAUUUUAAACGAUUGUACAAAUCUUAACUCUUUUUAUCUCUUUAAUGGACAAACUUCAAAUGACGCUUUCAUGGUUUCAGAAAAGGAUCUUCCAUUAGCUGAGCUCACAAUACAUUCUAAUUUACUUGAUGACGAAGGACUUCAAUUCAUAACAGAGAGAACAAAAUCUCUAAAACGUCUUAACAUCGAACAAAGCAGGGGAAUUACAGAUUGUGGAAUGGUACAAGUAACACAGAAUUGCCGCAGUCUUGAAAACAUAUCCUUCGGGAAUACAUAUCCUUCAAACAGCGAAAACUUAUCAAAUCGGACACUUUUCGCAAUUGCUGAAAAUUGUAGUCUUCUAAAGUCCUUGUCAACGGUUGGAUGUAGAAAUAUCGACGACGAUGGAUUAAUUGAAAUAGCAAAAUCAUGUAGACAUUAA